AUGAUCACAGAUGCAGAGCCCCUAAACCGACCCGUUCGUCCAAGCGUAUCCAGCUUAUGGUUCACUUCCACUCUCCCCAACAUGUUUCUCAAAGAUCUGAAUGCCUAUGAGCGCACCCUGAGCUCCUACAUCCAAGACAGCAUUGUCGAGAGAAAACUAAUCACUGACAAAUCCGCCGAUUACAUCAAACAGGGAAAGGAUCGUGUCGAAGCUUUGGAAGAGCAGCUAAAGCGUGCGAAGGAGCAAUUAGAGGAAGAGAGACGAUCGAUCGAGCUCGAGAAGGUAGUACAUGAUACCAAGCACGAAGGCUUGGUGGAGUUGCUGAGCAAGGUUAACCAAGCGUUGUGGCGGAAAAACGUAGAGUGA